UUUCCUUAUCUAUAAUGUUGCUAAAAAUCCAUCAAUUCUUAAAAAUAUUCAUGAAGAAAUUUUUAAAGUCUUUGGUUCAGAUAUAAACUCGGUCGUUACUUACGAAAAUCUUGAAAAAUGUCAUUAUAUAACAACAUUGGUCAAGGAAACGUUACGUCAUACAAAUCCAUCGCCAUUAAAUAUACGCGCUCUUGAAGGUGAAGAAAACACAGAUAAAUACCAUCUGAAUUUUAGUGAAGAACAUGGAGGCACAAGCAAGUUUAAGCUAAGCAAGAAUGAAUUUGUGGCAUUUGGUGGAGGUUUGAGGAUGUGUCCUGGAAGAAAUAUUGCAUUAAUUGAAUUAAAAUUGCUCGUAGUUUUGUUUUACUGA